AUGUCCAUUCUGUGGAUAGUCGGUCUUGAUCGUUCUUCUUAUCUACCGUUUUUGCCGCCGUUUCAGCUGACCGUCAGUGACCGAGACACUUUAGACGUGAACGGCCAUCUUGAGUGUGUCGAGCCGGCCGGCCUGGCGGGCAGACAGACUCUCCUGUUCGAGCCGUUGACGAUUGUGCCGCCGCAAUUGCUGCUCAGCGAGACGUCCUCCUCCGAGACCGGCUGGUCCACCGCCAACGGGUACGCAGCCUCGACCGGCCAUGGUCUUGGCACCGGACUCAUGAGUGCCGCGGGACUCGGAGCGAACGGCAGACCGGCCAGAGUGCCACAGCUUCAGUUCCAGUUGGUGACUCGAGACACGUUGGAUCUGGAGGACGGCGGUCCGCCGGUACGACUCAGCUACUUGACCUGUUGCGACGGGGCUCCUGCCGCCUCGCCGGACACAAGCGCCACAGACUUGGCCGUCUGGCCGUCCAAGCUCUGUGGCCAGCCCGGCUCGACGACGGCUCGUUUCUCCGCCACAUUCACAGUCUCCUUGACGGUGCUCGAUCAAAAUGACAAUCGACCAGUCUUCCAGGAGACCGUCUAUCCGGCCACGGUGAUGGAAAACCUGGCCGCUAUGACAAAAGUCAUCAAGGUUGGCGAAAAUUGUUUGUUCUUCACCUUUGUAUCAUUCGCUUUUUGCCAAAAUGACAACUUCACUUUGAAGCAAUACUGCCUGUUCAGUUACUAA